AUGAAGCUAGUUUCAAGCUUAAAGAUUGCACUAUUUGUCACUGCCGUUUGUGCUAAAACACCCAAGGCACGCAGAGACCACGAUGAUAAUGAUUGCCAUGAGUGUGUUUUGGCGCGUACGAGAAUAGAUGCAGCAUGCGGACAACCACCUAGUAACACUACUGAAGUCCAAUCAUUCCUCGAGUGUGUUUGUAGAAUGAAUGAUGAUUUCUUUGACGAUUAUUCAGAUUGCAUUGAUGACUGUAUUCAAUGGAACUUUUUCGAACCCACUGACGAUGAUGACCGUUUACGCCGUUACUACUGCGACUUGGCGGCAAACCCAUCCCCCGUUAUUGAUGCAAUGAAUGCCGAAGCAACAACCGUACCUGGUUUAAUUGCAUGGAGCGAUUGGGACACCAGUACAAUGGCAAAUAUGCGUACAAAUAAUGCAUCACCCACAACCUCACCAAAUGCCAAUAAUAAUGCGUCACCAACAACAUCGCCAACAACAUCGCCAACAGCAACAACAAAUGACAAUGUCAAUACUGAUGCAACCACAGAUCGUACAGAAACCACUAGAGUUGAAGAGACCACGUCCGCUACAACUAGUGGAAAUGGUUCAGCCUCGGGAUCAGUAGGUGCAUUAUUCAUGAUUAUCUUGGCUCUUAUUUGA